AACUGGGAACAAGCCAGACUCAAAGUCACACGUGUUUCCAGAUUUUAGAGAAAUUAAACUUUUUCGUAAAAAUUUAAUUUUAAUAGUUUCCAAAAACUUUACAAGUUUGUUAGCACGACUGUAAACUAAAACACAGUUUGUAGUCAUUAACUUUACUGGUUUAGUUCAGUUUAACACGGUAAAAGGAUCAAGUUAAGACUUAAAUUGAAAAUUUACGGUUUAAAGUUGAAAUACAAAUGUUAUCGCAGGUUUAAUUUUUCGAUCAGUUUCAAACGGUUUUUUAACGUUUCAAAAUGCCAACCGGACCAGAUCCUCGUCCCGUAAAAAAAGCGAAAAAGGCUAAAUUAGAAAAUUCCAUUCUCUCAAAAUCCAAACGUUUCACGGAACCCACAACCACAGCUACCACACCAUCCCCGGUACCUAAACGACCCCACCCCCCUCCAGAUACCGACCUUCUUGACCCCUCAUCUUCCCAACAAAGCAAGAAAAAACCUCGCCACGCUUCCGUCGAAGGGCAACGUUUUUUAAAGGAAAAGGAAAAAAUCCGCGCUCGAGAAUGGGCCGGUUCCUCGCUCACCGCUCCCACAAAAUCCACCACAACCACGACCCCCUCAAAAUCUAAGAAAAAGUCAAAGAAAUCCAAAAAGAAAAAGGUCAAGACUACGACAACGGGCGAGGUCAAAGUUCAAUCUUCCUUCCUCCCAGCGGCAGACUCCUCUGAUCGCUGUCGUCGCGAAGCGCUGGCUUAUCUUCAACUCUGGCAAGGUCACCGGGACGUUUGGAAGUUCAACAAGCUCAAACAAGUCUGGCUUUUGAAACAUGCUGUCGACACGGAGGCCGUCGAUGAACCUUGUUUUGCAUCCCUGCUCGAAUACGUCGCGUCGAUCAAGGGGGUCGCCAGGGAUAAGACGAGGAUAGAAAUGGGGGCGCAUAUGGCGGCUUUUGAAGCAAAGUUUGGCACGGGAGAGAAAUCUUCGGUUUUUUCGGUGGGGGCUAGCACCCAGGCGGCGAGUGAGGGGGACAAGGUCGGGUAUGAGAGGGCGAGACAGGUUAUUCAAAUGCUAUCGGAAUAGUUAGUUAAGUAAUUAUGGUUAUUCAAAUGAUAUCUGAAUAGUUAAUUAUUUUUUGCAAAAAACGUGUUAACUGAAUAGUUAGUGAAUUAAUUGAUUAUCUGAAUAAAUACAGCAUUAUUUACGAAA